CGGGAUUUCUCUCCACGUUUUCCUCCAAAACAAACACAAUUUUGGAAUCGGCAGGUGCAAUAUCGAUUUCUAUGUAGCACUGCAUCCACAAUUCCACAUUAUUGUGAUUUCCAGAACACGGGGUUACUUUGUUGGCGAACACCGGAGCAGCUAACAGCUAUGGCGAACUCAGAAGAGCUUGAUCCCAACUUCCCUCCAGGCCUUCACUUGGUCUCCGCCUUCCUCGCGAUGGAGCCUUCCGACUCGUUAAUCUCCAUUGCAAGGGCGUGCGGCGGAGGGAUUGUUUCGGAGAAUGUCCAGAGGUUUAUAUGGGAGCACUGCAUAAACAAAGCUGCUACCAUAGGUUAUGCACCCUAUGUGAAGAAUUUUGUGAAGAAGCUUAUUUUUGAAGUAGAGUCAACUCACGGGUGUGUGUUGGAUGAAUUAUACGAACAUUAUGGUCAUUACAUGACCUCAUUGAAGGAAGACAGUUUAAGUAGAGGAAAAGCCUGCAAGCACAUUUCCUUUCUUUUCACAGAUGGUUCUUUUGAACUGUCAAGUUGUCCCAAAUUGAGAAAGUUAGUGGUUCCGCUCAAUUGCUCACUUAACAUGCUCGAAGGAGACACCGGGUGUUCGGUUUGGCCUUCAAGCCUUUAUUUGUCCGAGUUUAUACUUUCUUUCCCUGAUAAAUUCUCCAAUAAAACCUGCUUUGAGGUUGGUUCUGGCGUUGGCUUGGUUGGAAUCUGUCUUUCUCAUGUCAAAGCUUCUAAGAACUCUGGAGUUAUCGGUAUUCAAGUAAAUUUUUCUCAUGUAAUCUGCCGCAACUGCUCUAGUUUCCACUCGGUGCAGGUUAUAUUAUCUGAUGGCGAUCUGUCAACUUUGGCUAAUAUGAAGCUUAAUUUGGGGUUAAACCAUACAAGCACCACAAUGGAUGUGCUAGAGAAAUGUGACAAGGAACUAAACCUGGUAAAAUCUGACAUCGGGAGUAAUUCUGAGGUGCAAUGCAUUCACCUGUCAUGGGAAUCUGCUGCUGAAGCCGAACUCCAGGAGUUCAUGCCUGACACAGUUUUAGGCGCUGAUGUAAUCUACGACCCAGCAUGCCUUCCUCAUCUUGUUAGAGUACUUGCAACCUUAUUGAAGCAAAGGCAAGUAACUUCAAGGACAAGGAACAGCAUCUGCCAGGAGGAUAUUGUCAACGAAGGCAUAGCUGAAGAAGCUGAGAAUGACAAACAAGCAUAUAUAAAGUCAAUGAAAACCCCUACGGGUUACAUUGCUUGUGUUAUACGAAACAUUGAUACCUUCAAUUGUUUCCUAGACCUAGCAGAGCAGGGUGAUCUUACAAUCACAGACAUAACCGAUACAGCGAGGCCAUUGAAGUUGCUUCCUUAUAUGAGCUCCUACAAUCCUUCUUGUAUUCGUUUAUUUACUGUAACUUCCAAACGUUAAAAAUACCGGAACGUUGAGUUCCUUGCUUUCCACCCUAAAAAGAUUCCUACUUUCUCCAAAUAGCAGUUGGUCUGCAUGUUCAUGUGAAAGUUCUCGAGUGAUUUCAUUCUUGUGUGACCUCAUUUUCCCAUCACUCAAAACUCAAAAGCCUUUCUUUCCAUGCAUUUUCACUUUCCCUAUAGAUACAUUAAUUAAUUAGCCAAAAUCACGCGGGCCAAUGAGAUUCUGGCAGAUACCUGGGCUUUUUUGGUUUUUACAUUUUUUUACUUUUAGCAGAACAUUUCUGAAAAGAUUCUGUCCUCUGCCACAGCAAACAAAAAAGAUUCAAGAGAGAGCAAGAUGUUGCUGUUUAGUGUUUAGUCCAAAUCUAAUUCUAAAAUCUUCGUUCACCAUCGCCAGGUUACUAUUGGUUAUUAACUGUGUUCAUCAAGGUUCCGGCAGGAAGGAAUUCGACCGAUCGUGGUCAUCCAUUCAUGGUCAGCUCCGAGGUCUCUCAGCACCAGCCUCAUGUACUCUUUUGCUCAGAGAGAUGACACUGAAGUGCUCGAUGAACCUUUAUAUGCAAUUUUCCUAAAAUCGAAUGGAGCAGCAUGGCCAUGCAGAGAAAUGAGAACAAGUUCUAAGCUCCAUG